AUGCCAGCCCUGGGACUCGCAGAAAACUCGACACAGCACCCGAGCCGCGGAAAAUCAAGGCCUCGUUUGACUCUCAUUUUGAAGAGGAUACCUUGGGCUAUCGUAGCAUGGAAGAAAAUCAAUACCAUCCUAUUGAAAAAUUUGUAUACACGGCCUGCUUUUCCAAAGAUCUCCUAGAAAACCUGUUCCAGAAAACACUUCCGGAAAAGUUUAUGCUUGUGAAAGCAAGUCUCUUCUUUCGCAUGGCGAAGGUCAAAGCUCUCUAGCUACUUUUUAUCAAAUGUUAUUAAAAAAACAUCCGAGUUCAUUCUUUUUUUUACUGACAAUACUCAGAGAUUGUACAGCUCUUAGAAAAAAUCAAAUUUCUCAGCCAAUAUGGUACCAAGUGAUGGGAAUGUUUUUUUCAUAAACCUCGGAAGUAGUACUAUCUAAUAUAUGAUUCAGAAAUUUUUUAUUCAUAAACUGUUUUUUUUCCGGUUUUUUUUCGAAACAGUACAAUGCCAAUGCAAUUCACUCAUAUAUAUAAUGACUUUUUAAACAUGAUAUUGGAAUUUCUCAUCAAUGUAAUAAAUAUACAAGAUUGACUAAGAUUAAAUAAACUGUGCCAAAAAUGAGUUUGUGUUCAGAACCUACAUGUAUCACAGCUAUAGAGGCAUACAAUUUUUUGUUGUCUGUUCUAUUAUAAUCAGUGUUGGUAAUUAAGAGAAAAUAUGAAAAAUGCAGAAUGAAUAAUAUCGAGAAAUACGGUUGAGCAUGACUAUUUUGUACAUAACAACCAGUAAAACACCUUUUUCCUACUUUAUUUUAACGUAUAACCAUGUGUCAAAAUAUUUUUUCUAAGGUGAAUUGACGGCAAGUACUUUUUUUCUUAUACUUCAAUGAAACGUGUCAAUGUAUUAAUACGACGAAGAUAAGUCAAGAAAAAGUUAUUUUUGAGGGAUGAAGAAUCAAAUUUUUUUGUUAAGUUUCCUUUUUAUUCCCACUGCGCUAUCUUCAACUUUCAAACGUGUAAAAAAUACAACUCCUGAUCUACUUCUAAAAAUAUGUGAUGCGCUCGACACUGAACAAGCAACUUAUGAAGAAGAUGAUGAAGGAUGGAGAAAGCUGUGUGAAAAACUGACUGGUAAAGAUUAUUCAACAAAAAUUGAUCAGAUGGAAGCAGAUAUUUUAGAUGAAUUUGAACAUGAUCAAAACCUAAUAAAUGAAAAACAAGAAGAUGAUGUUGAAAACUUAAUAAAUUCUCUUCAACAACGAAAGUCAAGUUCAGGUGGAGGUUCUCGAGGCGGUGGAGGUUCUCGAGGUGGUGGAUCGCGAAGCAGUGGAUCGGGAAGUAGUGGAUCACGAAACGGUGGAUCGCGAAGCAGUGGAUCGGGAAGUAGUGGAUCAGGAAGUAGUGGAUCACGAAACGGUGGAUCGCGAAGCAGUGGCAGUAGAAGCUCUGGUUCCAGUUCUGUUAUUCGAACGUCAGGUAUUCAAAAUAUUCGUACGGGUCAGACUAUUCGUCAGCCAUCCGGAACACUAUGGACUAGGGCAACCAGUAAAUUUUUACCGAUAGCAACAAGCUACACAAGCCGAACAAGAUCAAUUUACAUCGGAAAUGGAAGUAAGAAGCAUAUGUUUUGA